UUAAAUACGGUACAGUACAGGUAUGGCGGUUGAUGAAUGUAUUUUAAUUGUAAUUGUAUCUGUUUGUGUAUGUUGGAGUACAGCCGUUGAUAUAACGGUUUUAACAAAUGUAGGAAAUAUAACUGGUUCUAUUGAAGAUGUAAAUGUUGGUCCAAACAUCGUAAAAAUAUCAACAUAUCUGGGUAUACCGUUUGCUGAACCACCAACUGGCAGUCUCCGGUUUGCUAAGCCACAACCAAAACCAAAAUUCAACGAAAAUUUUUUAGCGAGAAACUAUAGCGCCUCCUGUCACCAAUUCAAGCCAUUCUGGGAUACCAGGACUGAUAAUGAUUAUCAAAAUGAAGAUUGUCUGUACCUAAACGUUUUUAGUCCUGAUAUUGAUCAAAGCGGUAAAAGGUACCCAGUCCUAAUAUGGAUUCAUGGCGGAUCGUUUCUUAUGGGUAGUGGUAAAGGAGCAACAAGUAACAUUCUAGCAGCCUAUGGUCAGGUUAUUAUAGUUUCUAUCAAUUAUCGUCUUGGAGUUUUCGGCUUCUUAAGUUCUGGAAACAGUGCUGCGGGUGGGAAUUAUGGACUUUGGGAUCAACAUCUUGCUAUAGAAUGGGUUAAAAAUAAUAUUGUGGGUUUUGGAGGCGAUACUACAAAAAUUACGAUUUUUGGAGAAUCUGCUGGUUCGGCAACUGUUAUGUUCCAGGCUAUCUAUCCUGGUAACGAAAAUUUGUUCCAGAGAGUAAUAGCAGAAAGUGGUUCCGCUAACGCUAAUUGGGCUAUCACUAAGGACCCAGCUUCCAAAUUAAAGCAAUAUUCUGCUAGAUUAAAUUGUACACGUUCAUCACUCGAACAGACGGUAGCAUGUUUGAAAAGUAUUAAAAAUCCAACAGAGAUGACAAUGAAGUCCGAUCUUACAUUUAGCGCAGGACUGUUAGAUUGGUGUCCAACGAUAGAUAACGAUUUUAUAACAAAGGAAAGGAUUGAAGCAUUGAAUAACCCAGCACGGGAAACACAACUGACCUAUUUUAAUCAAUUAGAUCUUAUUAUGGGAACAAACAGAUUUGAAAGUGAUCAAUUUCUGUUGAAUGCACCUGAAUAUGAAUCUACUUUUAUAAAUGGAUCAGCCUCAAUCACAGACACCGAGGUGGCAAUUCGGGCAGUUAUCUUUCGCUCUUUAUCAAGGCGCUAUCAUCCUGAUUUGGUUCAAUUUAUGCUUGCAGAAGUACUUUUCCAGUAUAAUAAUUUUAAAAAUUCAUUCGAUAAAAACAUGUAUAUGCAACAAUUAGAAAAUUUUGUUACCGAUGUGGAGUUUUUUGUGCCUACUUAUAAAGCUCUAGAAAGUCAUGCUUAUGAUAACAUUUCAUCUAAAACAUACCAAUAUGAAUUCAAUCAACUGAAUCCAUUUAGACCACACCACCCUUGGAUGACUGGGGCUGUUCAUGGUGAUGAACUGAAAUAUGUAUUUGGAUCUGUCUAUAAGAUGUCACAAAAUGAGACUCAACCCGUGAGAAACACAGAAUGGUCCUUGGCUAAAACAUUAAUGACGUACUGGACAAAUUUUGCCAAGUCGGGGUGA